AUGUUUAAAAAGGACAUCCAAGCCGGCUCACGAUCGAAAGUUAAAUCCUCAGUGCAACGAGGCCUUCGCUCCAAGUUCAUCGAGACAUACCCCGGCUUCGAGCCCUAUAUUGAUGAGAUCCUACCAAAGAAGGCUUCACUGGAAGCCGUGAAACUUCCUGACCGUGCCACCUUAUAUACCAUCGACUCAACUCCACUCUUCUAUCAACCCUUUGAUGGGCCUCCGAUCCCCCACCUCAAGCUCGUCCAUUCCUUCCCGGACGCCGUUCCAAAAAUCCGCAUUGAUCGAGGGGCGAUUCGCUUUGUGCUUUCGGGCGCGGCGCUGAUGGCGCCGGGUUUGACCUCGGCGGGUGGGUGGUUGCCGGACAAGGAGAAUGCACUGGAGGCAGGGGACGUUGUGGCUGUGAGCGCAGAGGGGAAGGAUGAGGUUUGUUUAGUGGGACCGCUUAAGAUGGGGACGGAGGAAAUGAAGGCAAAGGGUAAAGGCGUGGCUAUGGAUGUAGGCCAUUAUUUGGGUGAUGGACUUUGGAAGUUAAAUCUGGAUUAG